ACGACAUUGAAAAGAGGAAUAUAAUAAAAAGUUAUUUUGUGGCCUCUGUUUUAGUUUUUUUUGGCAUAUGUCGGUAAACGAGCAGACGGAUCACCUGAUGGUAAGCAAUCGGCGUCGCCCAUGGACACCUGGAACACCGGAGGCGUUACAAGUGCGUUACCGGCCUUUAGGGGGUUUAGGAGUUUCAGGAUCGUUGGGGAUUCAGGGAUUGGGGAGAUUGGGGAAGCGGAGGGUAAUUGGGCCUCCGGUAACCUCACACUCACAACGCAAGCGUUGUUUCACGUCGGUUUUCUGUGAGGCCGUGGUAUCACUCCGGUCGAGCCAGCUCAUUCGUGCCGAAGUAUGGCUCUCCCACACUUAAAUCUUUUGCUAAAGGUAGCAAGAGAAAGACCUGUUUUACUGUAACCACUUCCAAAAAAUCCUACCCCAAUAAGAGUAAAAACGAUGACGUUUAAAAUCGCUGACAGAUUAUGAAUAUGAUAAAAGAAAACGUGGUGUAUAAUAAAAUAAUCU